UGCGCGCGGGGCGGGGCGGGGCAGCCGUGCCAUGUGUGCCGAGCGCUGCCCCGGCGCGGAGGCCGCCUCAGAGUGGGGGCAGCUGCCGCUGGGCACCGCCUCGCUCGCCCGCCGCAGGCUGCCGCCCCGGGGCGGCGGCGAGCCCGGGCCAUGUCCUCCGCGCGGGGCCUCCUCUACGGCUACUUCUGCUUUGCCAGCCGGGCGGCUGCCCGCCGCUCGCUGCUGCUCUGCCGGCGGGUGGCAGGUGCUUCCUCCGCCCCGCCGGGGCUGCCGCUGCUCGGCGGCGCCCGCCGGCACCCUCUCGCCCUCCACGGGCUGAGCCCCGCCGCUCGCUGCGCGGCGGCAGGGCGGGGAGCGGCGGCGGGGGCCGGGCCGUGCGCGCCGCGGUGGCGGGGCUUGGGCGGGCUGGGGGCGGCGGGCGGCGGGUUCCGGCCGUCGCGGGUGGCGGUGGUGGUGAAGACGACGCGGUACGAGUUCGAGCAACAGCGGUACCGCUACGCCGGACUCUCUGAGGAGGACCUGAAACAGCUGCUUGCCUUGAAGGGAUCCAACUAUGCUGGUCUGCUGGAGCGGCAUCGCAUUCAUACACAAAAUGUGGAGCAUGUUGUAGACAGUUUACGGAACGAGAGGAUAGAAGUUCGUCUUGUUAAACGUCGAGAAUAUAAUGAAGAAACAGUUCGGUGGGCAGAUGCUGUUAUAUCAGCAGGAGGUGAUGGGACAAUGUUGUUGGCAGCCAGUAAGGUCUUUGAUAAAUUUAAACCAGUUAUUGGAGUAAAUACUGAUCCUGAAAGAUCAGAGGGUCACUUAUGCUUGCCUGUGAGAUAUACACACUCAUUUCCUGAAGCACUACAGAAGCUUUAUCGUGGUGAGUUCAGGUGGCAGUGGCGACAAAGAAUCCGACUAUACCUUGAAGGAACUGGUAUUAACCCAACCCCUGUAGAUUUACAUGAACAGCAGCUGAGCCAAGAGCAGCACAGCAGGGCUCACAUAAAUGAAAGAUUCCAGGAUCAAAGAUCUGACAUUUCUGGUCCACAUCUUUUACCAGUGAGAGCACUCAAUGAAGUCUUCAUUGGGGAAUCUCUUUCAUCCAGGUAUGCUGUGUGUUCUGUCUUAUUCAGGGAGAACUUUAAGUCCUGCAAACCCAGUUUUAAAUUCUCGCUUCAUAGGGCUUCCUAUUAUGAGAUAUCAGUUGAUGAUGGUCCUUGGGAAAAACAGAAGAGUUCAGGGCUUAAUGUGUGUACUGGAACAGGAUCAAAAGCAUGGUCCUAUAAUAUUAACAAGGUAGCACAUCAAGCUGUUGAAGAGAUCCUUAAGAUUGCUAAAAAGCAUGGAGGUUUGAAUAUGCCAUUGAAUGCGGAACUAGUGCAAAAAGUAACAAAUGAUUACAAUGAGUCCCUGCUCUACAGUCCAGAAGAACCAAAGAUGUUUUUCAGUAUUCGAGAACCUAUUGUGAACAGAGUUUUCUCAAGUAGCCGGCAGCGUGGUUUCUCUUCAAAAGUCUGUGUCCGUUCCCGUUGUUGGGAUGCAUGUAUGGUUGUAGAUGGAGGAACAUCUUUUGAGUUCAAUGAUGGAGCGAUAGCUUCCAUAAUGAUUGAUAAAGAGGAUGCACUGUGCACUGUUCUGCUGGAAGAAUGAAGGACCCUAGUGUCUUCUGCUGAAACAAUACUGGAUCCAGAGAGGGAACUCCUGGAGAUAGACAGCACAUCACAAUGCUGCAUUAUGUUGGAAGUUGGCCUUUUUGGAUGCAAGAGCAUGUAGAGGAAGCUUGAGAUGCUUUUCAUUCCUUUGGGUUGGGGAAACCAUUACCUGAUACUGAAGGUCUUUUUGCAUCUGGUGUAAAAGAAAUAUAUCUGAAGCCUUACCUCUAACUUCAGUGAAAAUUGACAUUUUAACCUAUAAGGCAAACAUAAAAGAACAUCUUUUUCAACAUGAUGUUGAAUGGGUUCAAGCAUUAAGUCAGUAGCAUUAAAUAUUCAGAUGUACAGUUUUUUACUAGCAGUCUGGGACUGAUGAAACUAAACACCUUCAUACGUAUACUUUUGUAGAAAAUUGACUGUCAAUGUAACAAUUUGAUGCAAGGAUAUAUAGAUUUUGGUAAAUCCUGAUGUUGACAUAAUAGAAAUAGAAUUACACACCUUUUGUAUGCUUCUCAAAAAUUUUACAACUUUGUAGUUUCAUACAACUUGUGACAAUUUUUUUUUUGCUCUUUCAGUAUUUUUUCUACUUUGUAGAUUUACAUCAGAAGUAAAAGUCCGGUUUAAUCACAUCUUGAAUGAGUUAGCUCUUGCAUUUCUCUUUGGAUAGAGAGGGACUUGAAACCCAAGGGUUUUCUUGAGCCCUUUGAUAGGCAUAUAUAAAUUAAAGGAAAUGUGUUGAAGGAAGAUAUACUCCUUCACCAAAUGGAUUAGCUAGCUAGCAGGUGUUCAGUCACAGUAGUGUAUGUAGGUGGCUAUCAUUAAGAAAUAUUAAGUUAAAUGGUUUGGAAUUUUAGGUUCUGAGUUUCUUUACCUGGGUGCUAAUAGUUGGAGCACAAGUUAAUACCUGUAUGUCUCCCAGUUUUCCAAGUAUGUGUUUUUAACUUCUCCAGAAAGUUUAAAAUUCCAAUCUUAUGAUGAAUUCUACUAAUAUUUGACAACUAAUUAAUUUUAAUUUUACAUGCCUCGGAUUAUGUGUUAGGUAAGCAAGUUGAUAAUAGGAAAAAAGCUCUGAUUAUAGAUGAGGAAGUGACUUGUUAGGUAAUGUUUUAGAGAAACUGUGAACUAUGACUGCCUUUGAAAGUCUGUGCUGAUAAUCACAUAGAUGAGGGGGCAGAAUUUGAUGAAAUGAAGAUUCCUACAGCAGGAACUCUUCUGCUGCAUGACUUGAAAAAAAUGUGUUUUGUCCUGUCUACUGCAGGUGCAUUUCCAAAAGUGAGUUUUCUUCAAACUGCUUUUGAGUAAAGAGACUUCUGUAACAGAUGUUCUCAGGUCUAAUGGAAAUGUUCUCCAUUGUGGCCAAUCAGUGUAUUUAUUGCCAAUCACAAAAUGUAAACUGAUCUUUAUAGGUAGAAGGAGGGGAUAAAGAUUUUUUUUUUCUUCUACUAUUUAAUUGUUUGUGUUCACUCUAAACCAGAAUUUAGAGGAAAUUGAUUUGACCAGAGCAUUCUAUUCUAGGAAAAUGUGAGACUGAUGGAGCUUUUUGAAUAAGCUAGCACCUUUUAAGCCUGCUGCAGAUUUAGUUACAUUAUCUGCUUGAGUUAUCAGGACUGAAGACCAGAAGGGGAAAAUCAAAGCAGCCAAAUACUCUUUCAAAACUUGCUAAAUUCAGGAACUAUCAGAAUAAAGCUUUUAAUGCCUGAUAUGCAAAACUGGUCUAAAAGUAAAGAUGCAAAAGACUAAUCUUUCUAAAGAAAGUUGGGUGCACAGAGACUGGGGUAUUUUAGUUAUUCCUUACCCAUCUGUAACCAAUUAAGCAUUGUUUAUGUGCCUCUGUCUAGUACACUAGUCAAUAUGCUAUUAAUAUUAAAAAACCACCAACCCACCGAUGCCAUUAACAUAACUAUGACUUCCUUUCCUAGGACUUUAUCACUGUGUUAGAUCAGAGGUUUAGGUCUUGAAAGUGUCCUUGAAUACCUGCAUUGACAAAUUUACAGCAGAAAUCCUGUCCCCUACUUGUGUGCUAUAAUUUUUUAUCAGAGACCGAUUAGUCUGAUUAGGAUGCAUACCUCUUAUAGAUGCCUGUCAUUCCUCGUUAUGAAUGCUGAGACUAAAAGGCAAUGGUUUCAGGCCCUACAGACCCUAAAUAUGAGCUGGUUUAGGGCUUAGUAAGAGAUUUCAGUCAAAUUCCUAACUUGGCAAAAUGAAAACUCAACCUACUCAUGAGUGGCCUCUACUGGUUUUGUCUAUAUUUAAUUGCACUUCCAUUGAAGCAUUUACUGGUGAAUGCUUGAUUUAAUAAGAUGAUUCAGAGAUCUAUAAUAGAUAAACAGUAAGCAGCUACCUUUUUUUUAUUAAGGAAUUGUAGAAUCCUCUUUAAGAAUCCUUUAUUACAAAGGAUUGCAAUAUGGGCAACUUAACCUGGUAGACAGUAUUCCGUGACAGGACUAAGUAUUGGUUUAACACUGAUUUAGUCUGCUUGGACUGGCAAUGAACUCUGCACCUCUUCAACCUGCUGAAUCAAAUCCAUGGUAUUUUUAUUUAGUGCCAGUCCACACUGUGUUCUGCUAAACUAGACCUGUCAUUCUUUGCUUUUUUAAAAAUAAGUGGUGUUUAUACAAUAAAACUUAAUAGAUACA